UAGAGGAAUCAGCCCUAAAAAUAGGAUCAAUUGUCGAUUUUGGAACGUUAAAUUUGUAUAUUUACAACUCGGAAUUGAGUUAAUAACUUUUAAAAUUCGGUCAUAUUAAUGAAGUAUUUAGAGUGUUGUAUAGACUUAUAGACUAUUUUAAAUAUCCCUAAAGCACGUCCUAGUGUUAAUUUUAAAAGAUUUUAUAUAUAAAGUGUAAAAUUUGUGGAUUAAUAAGAAAGAAAUCAGCCAACAACAAAGAAUUAGACUAGAAGAAUUUUUGUAUGGGUAGUUAUUUCUCAAACAUGGACAAUGAAGAGCAUUUGGAACCUGUAAGUGACUCAGACGACGACUUGUUUCAAAACAUCCAGGAUGAUGAUUUGUCAGAGCAUUAUUUGGUGAUUAUUUUGAGACAAUUAAUUGACAGCGGAGAGAUACAUUUAUUAUCACAUAAUGAGACUCGCGAUGGACAAUUACCGAAGAUAUCAAAAGGUCCAAAUAUGGAUAAAUUAAAAGCAACUGAGAUGUAUAAUCAAAUCAAAAGUGCUUCAGGUUUUGGCAAAAAAGUUGAUGAGACACAAGAUUACAAAUGGUCGCUUGUGAAUCUAAUUAAUACCCGUCAAAAUAAUGGAAAAUUUCUAAGGAAUGAAAAAUGUAAAAUUAAUAAUAUAUUUCUUCCAAAUCAAUACGAGCGUCGUCUUGGAUCGUUUGGUUCCAAAGUCUUUUGUGGAAGUUUUACACGUGAUGGACGAAGAUUUGUUACUGGAUCACAAGAUCAAGAGAUUAGAAUUUUUGAUUCUUCUACAUCAAAUUAUAAAUCGUUAAAUCAUAUUAAUGCAAAGCAUGUUUCAUGGUGCAUUCUCGAUAUUGCAUUUAGUCCUUGUAGCCAAUAUUUUGCAUAUUCAACAUGGUCGGAAUGUCUUCACAUCUGUCCAAUGGACGGUAAUGACGAGGAUGUGCGUUGCUUGAAUUUAAACACAAAUGUAAAUCGAUUUGGAGCCUUUGCUCUUGCGUUUUCAAGUAAUGGCAAUGAAAUCAUUUGUGGUGGAUCAGACACAAGUGUAUACAUAUUCGACAGAGAACGUAAUGAAAGAACUUUAAGAAUACCAGUUCGUAGUGAUGGACAUAUUACAGAUGUCAAUUCAGUAGGAUUUGUUGAUGACGCUUAUCAUUUAUUUUACUCAGGCAGUGAUGAUGCAUGUAUAAGAGUUUGGGAUAAACGGUGUUUAAAUGAAAACAGUCCAGAACCAUCAGGAUGUUUGCUUGGACAUAUUGAUGGAAUUACCUACAUCGAUUCAAAGAAUGAUGGACGAUAUUUACUGUCAAAUUCUAAAGAUCAGUCAAUAAAAUUAUGGGAUAUGCGAUGUUUUUCACCGCGAGAAGCUGAAACAAAUAUUAGAGCAUCACUUCAGACAAGACACUGGGAUUAUCGAUGGGACAAAGUUCCUAAAACAUAUUACAACGUCACAAAGCCAAUUCAGGGUGAUACCUCAAUUGUGACGUUUAAAGGACAUCGCAUCCAGAAGAGUUUGAUACGAGCUAAAUUCUCCCCUGCAGCUACAACUGGUCAACGAUACAUUUAUACUGGUUGUGCAACAGGUCGUCUUAUAAUUUACGAUAUUUUAACUGGAAAGAUGGUGCAGAAUAUUGAAGGACAUAAAGACAUUAUACGCGAUUGUGACUGGCAUCCUAAAAGAAAUGAAAUCCUUACGAGUUCUUGGGAUUAUUCUGUCAAUAUAAAUACAUUCCAGGAUAAAUUGACAGAGAAAAAGCGUUCGAGAAACCCUCCAACAUCCGACUAUUUAGAUGAGAAUCAAGAUCUUAUGGAUGUAGCACCACCACUUAGACGUUCACGAAGAAUUGCGCAAAGACUUGCCACGGCAACAAACUCUCGUCGUAACUGAUUCAUAUUCUUUUAAAAUGUAAAAAUACCGAUCAUUAUGACUUUAUAUUUCGUAUAUGUUCACAACACACACAACGGGGAUCAUUUACAAGUGACGUAUAUCAUAAAUUGGAUUGUGGAAUUUAAUGCUGUGUGACUUAGUAACUUUUUUUGUGCAUGACAAAUGAGGUAAACGAUAUCAGUCAUUUUUGAUAGACGUCAUUUGUAGUCGACCCCGAAAGUUAAUGAUGUAGAAAUAAUUAUUCUGUGAAAAUGUGCUUGGAAUUUUGAAAGUUAUUAUUAAAUAAAAAGGAAACCAAUAUGUUACUAUUUGAUAAUCGAAA